UUCUUACCAGAAUCAAUCCGUUGGCUGCUAAUCAAAGGCCGUAGUGAAGAGGCAAAACAAGUGGUCCAAAGAAUUGCAACAUUUAACAAGCAACCAUUUCCUGAAAAGGAGUUUAAUAAAACGGUUGAAAGUAGUAGGAAGUUGGAAACAAAUGUGGAGAAAAGUUACACAGUUUUGGAUUUGUUAAGAUAUCCUGUUUUGAGGAAACGCUCACUUAUUCUGGGAUUAAUAUGGUAUGUCAUUUAUGCUGGAUCGGCACGAGCAGUCCCAAACUCCGUUAUUCAGUUUUACAACGGGAGGAUAGUUACUCUAAAGUUAACUAUCCUUAUUUAUAUACCUGGAGGGGUUGCAAUGGUCACCCCUCAUUGUUUCAGUGUUACUAUGAGAGGAAAUUUAAAUGACUAACUUAAUUUAGACCGGACAGGUCUAUCAGUUCUGAACUGUUCCUAUUAGAAGUCCUGAUGCAGGAGCAUUUCUUAUUGAUCCAGUGUUACUACGGGAGGAAACUUAAUCUAAACUAACUUUAAUUUAUUUAUAUAGGAAUGGCUAACUCUAUCAGUUCUAAACUGUUCUUUCUAGAGGUCCAGUCAGCCUCAUCCCUUAUCACGUGUUUAUUAUAUUUUAUUUAAUUUCAGGUUUUCCAUAUCAUUUGGAUAUUUAGGUCUUGUAUUGAGUGUUUCACGCCUAGCUGGAAAUAAAUAUCUAAAUUUCUUCAUAAGUGGAGCAUUGGAAUUUGCUAUGACGUGGCUGGUCACAUUUUACGUCAUAGGGAAGUAAGUCACUCCAGUUUCGUCAUGUAUAGUAAAAUAUUACCAGAAAUUUUAGAUACGAUUAUUUCUACUUUUUUAAUAAAUUAAUUCUUCAAUUCAAUGUAGUGUCAUCAUUUUUGCAAAAGUGCAGCAAAUACAUUUAAAUUCUCCUUGUUUGCGAAUUUUUACUUUUUAAUACAGUACCUGCACUGUGUAAAUUAUGGUAAAAUGACGACACCAUAUUGGAGAGCUAAUAUUCAAAAUUAGAAAUGGAGGUUAUAUUUGCAUGUCUAAAAUUUCAGCUGAUAAUGCUGGAAAAAUAAGCGGAUCGACGACCCUAGCAGGAUAGUAUAGUACGGAGUGCAUGUUUAUCUUUAGAUUUGGUCGGCAGAAACCAAUGAGUUUUUACGCUGUCGCUGGAGGAAUAAGUUGUAUCUUGGCUGGUGUAUUAUCUAAAGAUACAGGUAAUCCAACCGAUCAUGCGUAUUACGAGGAUCUACUUUAAGAAUGUUUCAAUACUGCACACUGCAGAGAUCGCGUAUCGCCAUUUAAGGCAAUUUAGAAUAGUGCUCAUGCUCACUGAUGUGGAAGAAACUGAGUCCAUGACAAUGUUUUUUGCAUUUGCAAAGAUACGGAAGUGUCUGCGACGAAGUGUCUGCGACCUUCUAUUUUGGAGAGUUUUAUAAAAAAUUUUAAAGACAGCAAAUCUCAAUUUAAGAACUGUUUUAAAAUACACAUUUUGAUAACUGAGGAUGAAGAUCGUUUCUCUGGGUGUGGCGCGGUGUUAUGAAUCUGCCGUCCUCGCGUUGAAGAACCUUGUCCUCAACGUGAGAACCUUGUCCUCAAUGCAUAACCUUGUCCUCACCGUCAGGAACCUUUGUCCUCAGCGUCAGGAGCCUUGUCCUCAGCGUGGGGGACCUUGUCCUCAGCGUAAGGAACCUUGUCCUCGGCGUGAGGAACCUUGUCCUCAGCGUGAGGAACCUUGUCCUCAGCGUGAGGAACCUUGUCCUCAGCGUGAGGAACCUUGUCCUCAGCGUGAGGUACCUUGUCCUCAGCGUGCGGAACCUUGUUCUCAGCGUGAGGAACCUUGUCCUCAUCAAAGCCAUACUGACACUAGUACUAUUACUUUUGACGAAAACAUUUACCUGUUUUAAAAUUAUAAUACUUGUUCAAAUUUCUAAUAUAUUGAUCAACUUCGUCACCGGGUACUUCAUGGCUGUGUUUGUAUUGUUAUCAAACCGCGAAGUGAGGACACAAUUGACCACUUGCCUAAUAGACAAAGUUUUGAUCUCAACGAGUCUAGACAAAAAUUUCAUCACAGCUUGAAAGAGCAUCACAAAAUUAGUAAUAUUCCAAAGUUUCGUUGCAAAAUGUUGUAAAAUGCGGAUAAUGUAGCCUUGCGAAGUUUGCCGUUUUUCAGUCAUUUUGCAUUACGCGGGGGAAAUUGACAGCCCAAUACCCUUUGGGGCUGUCAAUUUCCCGUUUGUAAUACAAAAUGAUUGCACGUUGCCAUAGCAGUGUCUCGUAAUAAGUUGAAAAUCCAAAUUUCAAAUGUUCAAUAGUGCACAAUAGUGUUCAAUCAAUCAAAAUAGAAUAGGCCCUGCGCAUUGCAAUAGUUUCAGGAAAGUAUCAAACUUAACUAUUUUGCAUUUUUUAAUAGAUGCGCUGAGAAAAUUAACGACUGCUUUUGCUCUAUGUGGCAGAGUCUGCAUUGGUGGGAUUUGGUCCGUUAUUUUCAUAUACACUUCAGAAUUAUAUCCAACAGUAAUAAGGUGAUUUCUUUAAUAUCAGAAUCUCUUACCUACAGAAUGAUCCCAUGUUGAUAUGGAAAGAUCAUGUUCCGAUUAUGACGUCAUUAUGUUGAUAUUAUGAAAAAGUCAUCAACAUUAUGCCGUCAUGCUGUGGAAACACAAAUACGAAAUGUGGAAACUUAACCAAGACCAAAAAGUACUGUAUGUGUGACGUAAUUAUCGGAAGGGUGUAUUGUUCUCAGUCAAGUACCACAUGCAUGAGUAUACGUAAACCAAAACAAUAUGGAGGAUUUAAGAAAGCAAAUUUUAAAAUAUAACGAAGAAAGAUCGACGAAAACAACUAGGAAAGGUUUUAAAAUUUCUUAUGGUUACUUCACAUGAUGAACGUGCGUUUUAGUCUGUUGAACAUGGCGUAAUGAAUUUUAGGUGCAACUUUACCAAAUCUUUAUUUGAUGAGUGUUCUGUUUAAACAUGUCCAGUAUUGGCCGACUAAAAAAUAUACAGGUAUCCCAUAAAAAAAAUCAAAAUAUGUUUACAGUUUACCGCAACGUUUGUCUAUACAUAUCUCGAUUUGAAUCUUCAUGUAAUAUAUGAACAACGAGAGCGAGUGUUUUACCGGGAUAUCCAAACACGAGAAAACAAUAUAUGAAAGCACGAGCGCGAAGCGCGAGUGUUUUCAUACAUUGUUUUCGAGUGUUUGGAUAUCCCGGUGAGACACGAGCUCGAGUUGUUUAUAUGGCUUCUCAAAUGAAUCGAGACGUAACAGAAUGUUUUCGUUUGCUGAUUUGAAUAGAGUUCUUAACCAAGCAUAACGUAAUUAGGAAUUCUAUUCAAGUAAUUUUGCAUGCGUAAUUAAGAUAUUUGAUGAAAACACCAGUGACUUUCAUCAAGUAUCCAAAUGGCAUCUUGUGAUCAAAUAGGUGAUUAUCAUUGGCUAAUUUACUCAUGAAUUAUUAAUGAAUUUGAGAAAGAUACGGUAAAAAACGUGUGCGGAAAAUUUCUCUUCUUCAAUGGUUUUUCUGAUAUGACGUUUUUUUGACAACUUCGUGAAUUAUCAAUGACAAAUCCAAGAAUCAGGGCAUAUCAGAAAAACCACUAAAGAAGAGAAAUUUUCCGCACACGCUUUUUUACCGUGCCUAUGAAGAUUCGAAUUGCGAUAUCUAGACAAACGUUGAGGUAAACUAUGAAAAUAUUUUGAUUUUUUUAUGAAGGUACCUAUACGGACGUCCUUUAUACACUCAAAUAAAUAAUAAAACAAUUACUGAAUUUCGGUUUUCGCAUGACAUGAAGAAUUAUCAAGCCGGGCUCAGUAUGUGUUAUCAACCUAAGCCUUCUGCCUUCGGCUACGGUUGAUAACACAAACUUCAUCCUGGAUAAUUCUGUACUCUUGUUCAACUACAUUCAAUUAUAAUUGUUAACUAUUAUAAAUGAUUCAGAACUGAUGGAACUCUUCACAUUAUUUGAUAUAGAAAUGUUGGUCUUGGCACUGGAGUAUUUUGCGCAAGAGUCGGAAACAUUGUUGCACCACAAAUUUUGCUGUUGGUUCGUAACUUUAAAUGAUUAGUAUAUAUAAAUUUACAUCAGUGUAUCGGUUGGUUCCAAUCAAUCCCUUGAGAUUUAUUAGACAAAAAUACGGCGGCCAUGUUGGAGGAAAACACGCUCCAAAUACAUUAGCUGGUAAUGAUAUUCUUUUGCCAGUUUUGUACAUUGAACUAUAAUGGUUUUGUAUGAAUUCCUGCAACAUGGCCGCCAUUACGUCAAGUGCAAGCCAAGAAUAUAGAUCUUUUUUUAGUUGAGUUACAAUUGAUGUUAUAACAAUAUACACACUAACAAUGAAAAGAGCAGACCACAGAUACUAUGUACAAAAUAUUUGGAGGCUUUAUUUGGAAAACUGUGGCAAUGGCACUAUUUUUAAAAACAACAUGAAUUUCAAAAUUUUAUUAGAAAAUAUCUUAGGAUUUGCAUAGGAUCGACGCAUAAAUGGCAUGCUUGUUUGACAAUGCAAAAUCUCCAUACAUUGAUUCCCUAUUAAAUUUUCCGAGUUUUUUUUUUAAACCUCUAUAACCACAGCUGUGGAGCUUUGGUCGUAUCCAAGGGCAGAGCUUACGCGGGCUGAAGCUAGAAAUACGGCCAGCCAACAUACUGUACUAUCUUGUAUUUUUGCGUUGUCUUAGCAAUGCAAAAUUCCCAUUGGUGGAGAGUCACUUUGAUUGAAAGAGAGUGUUACACUACCUGUCAAUCAAAGUGACUCUCCACCAAUGGGAAUUUUGCAUAGCAGUAUUUAUAGAAUAGCCGUUUUAUAGGCGUUGCCAAUAUUAAUGUUAUUAAUAGUGUUAUACACUACCUGUCAGUGUAUUACAAAAUAGUAUAGUAUGAUUUCUAUAUAGCUUCACCCCGUAUAGUUCUGCGGCUUCUGCCCCCCAAAUACGGCCAAAGCUCCGUUGGCUACUGUGACCAGAGUUUCAUGCAAUAUGCAAAACAAUUAAUUUUUUGUAUCCUAUAUUUUUAGGGUGAAAAGACACAAGACUACGUCCCAUUCAUUAUAUUUGGUUCAUGUAUGUUAUUGACUGGUACAUUUGCCUUAUUCCUGCCUGAGACAUUGAAUAUGAGAUUAGCUGAGACUAUAGAAGAAGCGGGAGUAUUUAAGAAGGUCACAGAGGAACCUACUGAGCCACAGGAAAAUGGAAAUGAUAGUCAGUUAUCCAACGUAAGAGUUGAAGCACAUGACAAUGUUGUCAGUAUCAGUGAUGAGGGUCAAUGAGAGAGUGUAAGGACCCAAGGGAAUUGUCAAUUUCACCUAAUAACAUAAACAAUAACAAUCUAAUAGUGGUUACAACUGUUCCUAUCGCAAAUAAUAUCAUUUCAGUCAAUAUUUACUCAUUCUGUUUGGCUAAAAUCUGUGCCGAUUAAGCAUUAUUCGGCACGCCUAAGCGCCACGCAUGCGAACCCGCGGGCAGGGCCGACGCUAAGGGGUGACAUCACCUGAAAACAUCUUGUCGGGAAAACGAGGGAUUUUGUUGGCGAUUUUAACAUUGUCGUCUAAUCAAAUUUGACCGGCUCAACCCCCUCCCCCCCCGUCGACACAUAUUGUCUGCAAAAUUUUAACUUUUGUCGGAAAAUUGCAAUACCACAAACCACCACCCCUGCUUAAGCCUCUUCGCGACGACCCUCUCCGCUGGAAUUCUGGACGCCCAUGCAGUGGGCCGCAGAAAUUUCAACACAAACAGACAAACAGUUUAGUUAAGCAACGUGAAAAUUUAUAUUCUUUGAGCUCUUAUCAUGCACUGGGCUCUUAUUUAUUGUCAA